GAGUUUUCAGUUGACAAAAUGCCGAAGAAGGGUGGCAAGGGAAAACCGAAAGCCAAAGGCGGAGCGUCGGAGGAGGGAGCUGAGCUUACAGCGGAAGAACGGGAGCAGAAGGCCAAACUUCGUAUCGAAGCGCUGGAAAGAGAACUUGUUCAACGUACAGAUGUGAUGAAUCGAGCUCUGCAAGCGCACAAUGAAAUGCGUCAAAAACAGAAAGAGCUCCUGCAGGAUUUCGAAAAUGAGAAGAACAACACGUUCGCCAUCACCGCUGAUAUGACAAGACAAUACAAGAGCAUGCAGGAGGAGCUCUUGCGGCGGAUCAACACCUUAGAGAAUAGCAUCCAAGAGCUGAAAGAUCAGCUGGAACUCGCCCGUCAGGCCAACGAAGAUCUGCGAAAACAGAAGGACCAAGAGCUGGCGCUGAAAGAUGCACAGAUAGCAGAUCUCAAACAGAAGAUGGAAGAUAUGGCCAUCGAGUUCGGCGACAUGCUCAAGGAGACUCUCGACAAGAUGAGCGAGAAGAUAGAGGCGACGAGCAACGAAUGGGAUCAUGAUGCGGGGGGGGACGUGCAGAAGAAGCUGGAAGAGUUUAACAUCGGACCCAUCGGGAUGUGAAGAUUUCUCUCUCUCGUGAAUCUCUCGUGUAAUAUUCAAGUGCUUUAAUUUUUCAUUACAAUCUGUCGAAACCCCUA